CUCAUUCUUUCUUCGAUUUAUAAAGAUACUUUUUAAUUUUGGUGUCGUCUUCAACGCUGAAUGUCCAUACAUUCCAUAUCAGACACAUAUUAUACCGGCCCGAUCAAUUCGACACUCCGCGGAUUCUCCAAUGUCGUUCGGCUUUUCGGGACCGGUAAAGCUGCGCACUCGGACGGGAAAGAUGUCGACGAAGAGAAUAGUGAUGACGCGGACAUUGAUGAAGAAGGGUUAUUGUGGGAUGCUCAGACUGCACUCAUCGCAAAUGAACCAGAGAUAGCGACAAGACUCUACGUUCAAGCAGCUUUACCACCUUAUUGUUCACCUUCAGCAUGUCUUGCGCUCGGCAACCUACUUAUCAGAAGUUCAGUGUAUAUGGAAUCACCAUCAGCUCCAAUAUCUUCAUCCAACGAGUUGACAUCAGGAAGAUCUGGAACUUCUUUGUGGAGCAAGCUCUUCGGCACAAUUUCUACUCCUCAAUCUCCUUCAUCAGCACAUUCAUCUUCACCCACAAGGAAGCGUAUUGACCUUGUCGCAUGCGGCUGGCAGAUGCCAAAAGUUGGGAAAAGAGCAGUCCGUGAUGUUGAAGGGAUGGGCGUCGCUGGAGCCUGGUUUGUUCUAGGAUUGGGAUGGGUUGUUCGAGUGGAGAUGGAGCGUGAAAAGCGAUUGCGAGGAAAAGUGGUUAUAAAGCCUUCGAAGGAGACAUUUGAAGAUAGUGAAGAAGAAGCCAUCUUCACAAAGAAAAAGGGAAAAGGGAAUGGGAGGCUCCACUCGUCAACUAUUUACAUCGCGCCUCCUCAACGUGCCGAUGACCCCUUUCCAAUUGUAGCUGGGAACCCAAAAACAGCGCUUAGCGAAUCGACCAAAACUGAAGAAUCUUCGCUGAUUGGGACUCCGGCUAUGGGCGACGUAGAGUCGCUCGAGGACGAAGAUGAAAGUGAAAUGGAGAGCCUCAGUAUCAUGUAUGAUCUACUUAGUCCACUUCUCCAUCUGUACCGAUACGGCCAUAUUCAAUCCCAAGAUCCCGUUGCGCUUCCUCCCGUAUCCUUGCAGCAGCUUCCUCCAGCAUUGCGGCCGAAGAAUGAGGCGGAUAAAGGAAGGAAUGUCUGGUGGUUAGGCAGGGUGGUAGCGCAGCAGUUAAUCAAAUUGGACAUAUUGAAAGCUGCGAAAGGUAAGGGACAAAAAGAACAAUUGAGGAAAGCUGUUGGUGUGUCAGUAAACUAUAUCAUUGCGACAACAUCCCCUGACCUCCAAGCUGAGAUGUAUUUCCGCUCUAUUGCGUCUACCCCCUCAAUAGGACUUGAAUAUGCCGACGACCUGGUCACCAAUGCGAAGAAGCGUUUGCAGAUCAUCACCAGUACACCUCGAGAUGAGAAAAUGCUGCGAUUUUUCCCAUUCCCUUCCAUGCUUGACAAAGCUUCGCCGCCCAACCCACAGAAAACGUCCAUAUCGUCUCCAAGGUCGAUUUUGACUCCUCCGAAAGUGAUGGUACAAUCUGCAAAGUCGACUGUCAGUCUUGCAGCCUUGGCAGGGGAAGAAGAGGUAGCGAGUCUGGUGGCGCCUGGUCCCAAGAAGUUGGGGGCAUUGGAUACAUUAAAAAGGGUUCAUGAGAAGGCGGUGAUGCAAGAUGAAGAGGUUGGCCGAGAAGAGGUUCAUGAUGAACCAGGAGUCAGCUAUUCAGAAGUGCGACCAACCAUUCGUCGAGUUUCAACUUCCCCUCAUCUCCAAACCCACCUUCAUCCUCCUCCCUCUUCAUCGCGCACUCGUCGCCGACUCCCGUUUGAACUCCCUUCCUCAGAACCCAUUGCCCCUGUCGAUCCCGUCCUUGCCGCCGCAGAGAUGUCUAGCGCCUUGACAAAACACGUAGUAUGCAAUGUUUGUGGGAUGAAGGGUGUUAAUUUUCCGGAAUGUAGAAAAUGUGGACUGAGGUUUUGUUCCAGGGAGUGUAGAGUUGGCGAAGAUAGGGCGGGUAAUGGGAAGAGACAUAUCUGUGGGUUAUCGGAAUCUAGGAGAAACCAUGGGGGGUUGAGCCAUGGGAUAGAAUAUGGUGUAGUGGGUGAUGUUCAUUAACCUGCUUUACUGGAGGGAAGAAUGUUGCGACAUACAGCGUUGACAUACAGCGUGCAAGGUUUUAAGGAAUAUAAUUGUAUUGUCAUAAGGUUACUUUCAAAACAAGUGAAGAGCUGUUGCUUGCAUAGAUAUCAUAUAUUCAACAUAUGGGGUAGCCAAAAUAGAAGGUUGUUUAAUUAGCAUGUAUAAAUGAUCAGC